UUACCGUACUAACAUGGGUUAUUUUAUUGUUUCGAAUUGGUUGACGUUUUGUGUGUUUUAACAAGAUUUUAAUAGAUAAAGGUGUGGGCAGAUCCGGGGCGCGAGCGUAGUUUCAAAGGCGAUUGUUUCCGAGUACUCGUGAAUUGUGUUCCCGCAAACCGCGCUUACGUCGGCUAUCUGUUAAGAUGUAUAAAAGGUUUAUGCGUGUUAAGUCAUCUUCAGUUAAGUGAGCGAACAGCCAUGAGACGGGCUCUGUGCUAUCUUGGAUUGGUAUCCCUGCUCGCCUUGAGCGAUGCCUCAGAAAGGCUACGCCGUAGCGGAGGCUAUGGUGGAGGAGGAGGCGGCGGUGGAUUUGGUUUUGGGGGCGGCGGAGGCGGAGGUUUCGGUUACGGCGGAGGUGGAGGCGGCGGCGGAGGUGGAGGAGGAGGCUUCGGCGGCGGCCUAGGAGGUGGACUCGGUGGCGGCCUCGGUGGAGCAAUCGGCGGUGGCCUCGACGGCAUUCGCAAAGGAGUAAACGAUAUCAUCGGCAAGGUUCACUCCGGAUUUUCGCAUUUAGGCGGUGGCAUUGGAGGCGGAAUUGGAGCCGGCGGUGGACUGGGAGGUGGCGCCGGCGGUGGUGUGGGUGGUGGUGCCGGCCACGGCGCUGGUCUCGGAGGCGGUACUGGCGGUGGACUGGGAGGAGGUGUAGGCGGUAGCGCUGGACUCGGAGGUGGCGUUGGAGGAGGCUCCGGACUUGGAGGUGGCUCUGGAGGCGGCAGCGGGUUUGGAGGAAAAGAUGAGAAAGUAAUUUACACGAAGUCCGAUGAUGGAAAAUCUGGAGGAUUUGCUUUCACUGGCACUCUAGAUGGCGGAAAAGGUGGCUACGGCGGCGGUGGAGGAUACAGUGGCGGUAAUAGUGGCAGUGGAGGCUAUGGCGGUGGAGCUGGAUUCGGAGGAGGGGCUGGCGGAGGCUCUGGUGGGGGUUCCGGUGGUAGUGGAGGAAGUGGAUUCGGAAGUGGAAGCGGAAACUUAGGGGGCGGACUUGGAGGAGGAUUUGGAGGCAAUGGAGGGGGUUCUGGCUUUGGAGGAGGCAAUGGUGCCGGAGGCAGCCAUGGACAUAGUGGAAUCGGAAGCGGAGGCUUUGGGGGUGGAACUGGAAAUGGCGGUGGUUCCGGUGGCCUAGGAGGAGGGUAUGGUGGUGGAACUAGCACAGGCGGUGGACUCGGCGGAAGCAGCAGUGGAAACAUUGGUGGCAGCGCGGGAGGUAGCGGUGGAUUUGGCGGAAGCGGAUCAGGUGGUGCCGGAGGAAAAGGUGGCUACGGAGGAAGCGGUAAUGGAGGCUUCGGAGGUGGUCUCAGUGGGGGCAGUGGUCUCGGUGGAGGCGCUGGACUUGGAGGAGGUGCUGGACAUGGAGAAGGGGCUGGCCUUGGCGGAGGUGCUGGCCUUGGCGGAGGUGCUGGUCAUGGAGGAGGUGCUGGGCUUGGAGGGAGCGCUGGUGGUUCUGGUUCAGGAAACGGUGGAGCUGGCUUUGGAGGUUCCGGAGGAAAAGGUGCAUACGGAAGCGGAGGUAGUAGCCUUGGAGGCGGAUUUGGUGGCGGCGCUGGACUUGGUGGAGGCAGCGGACACGGAGGUGGUAAUGGAUUCGGUGGAAGUUCUGGUACCGGUUUAAACUCUGGAAGCACUGGUGGUUUCGGUGCCUCGGGUGGAAAAGGCGGCUACGGGGGAAGUAGCGGCACUGGCGGGGGUUUCGGAGGCGGUGCAGGAUUGGGUGGAUAUGGAAGUGGUAGUGGAGGAUCAGGCUCUGGAGGAGCCGGUGGCUUCGGAAGCUCAGGAGGAAGUAGCAAUGGUGCCGGCAAUGGGUUCGGUGGAGGCGCUGGACUAGGAGGUGGUAAUGGAUUUGGAGGAGGCUCCGGAUCGGGUACAGGCCAUGGAGGAGGCUCUGGAGGUUAUGGUGGUUCUGCAGGAGGAAGCAGUAGUGGAGGGCAUGGAGGCGGCCUGGGGAGUGGUGGCGGCCUAGGUGCCGGACUCGGAGGUGGUCUGGGUGGAGGUCACGCUGGUGGUGUAGGAGGAGGCCUAGGAGGAGGACUCGGCGGGGGCCUAGGCGGAGGACUCGGCGGAGGCCUAGGUGGAGGACUUGGCGGCGGCUUGGGUGGAGGUCUUGGUGGUGGCCAUGGACUUGGAAGCAAUGCAUUGAGUUCAAGUAGUGCAAGUGCUGGUGGAUACGGCACCAAGGGUGGCUGCGGGUCAAGUGCUUGUGGCGGUGGGUACGGAGCGCACAGUCAUAGUGGGGCCUUUGCUUCCGCCAGUGCUCAUGCGUCAGCGUCAGCUAGCGCCAGCAGUUACGGAUAAGUUAUAUCUGUGCAAUGUAGUUACAAUGUGUAUGAAUGAAUUGGCAAGUCUAGUAUCUUCUAUUCAUGUAAUCAACGAAAUAUGCUUAAGUACUCAGGCGUUUUGUAAUUUUACUUGAUAAUUACUCUGUGAUGAUAGUUAUUAACUGUUUAAAUCUAGCUUCGAAUAAAGUUAUUUUUAUAAACUA